AUGCUGGGCACGCUGAAAAAGGUGUUUGGAGCGGACCCCGCGGCGGCAGGGGAGGCCUGGUGGCCGGAGCGUAUGGAGGACGAGACGCCCGCCAUCGCAUCGCUGCUUGGCGCCAUCAAGGACGCCGGGGAGCGCAUCCACGGCAAGGUCAAGGUGACCGCCUUUGACUACCUGCAGCCCGCGGAGCAGGCGGCCGGCACGUGCGACGUCUACAUCUUUCCCGACGGCGCUUUCUUCCAGGCCCUGCCCUUGGACACCCUGCCCUCCACCGUCGUCGACUUGCUGGCAGCCGCUACCUUCCGGCGCACCGGCGGCGGCACGGGGCCCACGGCGGAGCAGCAGGCGGGGGCGGGGCCGGGGGCCCGCGUCGCCGGCUCCACGCUGUUUGUGUGCUGCCACGGGUCGCGGGACAAGCGGUGCGGCCACGUGGGGCCGCCGCUGGCCGAGAAGCUGGCCGAGGCGGUGGGGAGGAAGGGGCUGGAGGGCGGCAUCACAGUGCUGAAGACCAGCCACAUCGGCGGGCAUGUGUAUGCCGGCAACGUGAUUGUGUUCAGCCACGGCAAGCUGUACCACGGCGACUGGUUUGGCGGGGUGCGGGCCGACAACGCCGCCGCGUUCCUGGACGCGCUGCUCAACUGCAAGGCCCCCAGCGGCGCCCCCGGCGACUACAGCCUGCGCAGCUGGUGGCGGGGGCGCAUCGGCAUGACCAAGGAGCAGCAGCUGCAGUGCUUCAACAAGGGGCUGCGCGACAUCGAGGAGAUUGGCAUCGAGUGA